ACUCCGUUUCUCUUCUUCUUGCACUCAAUCUCAUCAUCUUUCCUUAACAUAGACUUGGCCCAUUUCUACUAAACCACACAGACAUCCCUUUAUGCCGGAGCUAGCAAACCAUGAUCCACAACAGUGCUCAUUCUUCUUUGACCUGCCCACAGAGAUACAACUGCUGGUCAUGAGCAAGUUGGAUGUAUUACAGCUCCGCAAUGCCAAAUUGGUCAACAAACGGUUCCACAACCUCGCGAACGUCGAUCAAUUGUGGAGAAGAUUGACUGUCGACACCGAGAUCGACGAUCACGCCAUGAAAGAAGCGCUCCAGAUCUGUGGCAGCCUAUGGACCUGGCAACAGCUGUUCCGGACAGUAACAUUAAUCGAGCGCGAGAACAGGAAAGCUAUGCAGGGUAGUAUAACUCAAAUGGCGCAAAAGAUCCAACAAGUCCGUGAAGCGCUUGACCGACAGACUCGUGUCUUGGAGGAAACUCAUGGCAGGCUGGAAAUGCUUUCCAGUCGGCUCAACCAGAUGGAGCAGCACAGCAGGGCAAGAGAAGUCGAGAGAAUCCGAACAAGGCGGAGAGAGACUCAGCAGGUGGAGGACAAGUGGUGGGUGCGUGAGUGGGAUAGAAUACAUAUGGAGGAGAAGGAGCAUGACAUUGGCCUCGAGCAGAAUUUGGAGCAGGAACUAGGGGGAGGGCAACAGUAAUAGCAAUGGUGGUUGUACUAUAAGCACUCCACGUGGCGGAGGUGUUAAAAGGAACGGGUCGGGAAAGAGUCGAAGAUGAGCUUAGCAGUCGGCUGCAGGAUGUUGCUUCGGUUGACAGGGGUGCCGGGAAUAAUUGCUGCAUAGAACGAAUGGGUGGGAACCUCGAGGAGUGGAUCUGCAAAGGGCUCUGAACUAUUGUACUGCGUACGACUGUAUUGCAUCUCUGCGGCUGUGCCGGUAUAGGAGCGGCAGACGCAUCGGUAGAGACAUCGGGUUGGAGAGAGAGGUCGGUCUUGCUGCCUGGAUGGCCCGGCCUGAAGUAUGCCGAGAUGAUGGGAAGAAGGGGAUGAUGACGACCGUGCUGAGGACGCGGCAGGAGGGCGCCCGAUCGGCCAGAAAUGCAUUAUCGUCCGAACCGAGCGAGUGCGCAGAAACCAACCAUAGCAACAAAACGAUCAAAUAAAAAGUCUUCCCC